CCGCCAGGGAGAAGAGUAUAUAAAGGGGAGUCCAACGGGCAUUUCGCGAUCCCACGGUCUUUGCCAGUGUCUCAUCCCCCCAUCGGCUGCCCCUCCGGAACCCCACAGCGAGCCCGCUCCGCCAUGACGUUCAACGGAACCUGGAAGGUCGACCGCAACGACAACUACGACAAGUUCAUGGAGCAAAUGGGUGUCAAUAUCAUGAAGCGAAAGCUGGCAGAGCACGACAACCUGAAGGUCACCAUCGAGCAGACCGGGGACCAGUUUCAAAUCAAAGAGUCCAGCACCUUCCGCACCAAAGACAUCGACUUCACUCUGGGCGUCCCGUUCGACUACAGCCUGGCCGACGGCACCGAAGUCUCAGGUACGUGGGAGAUGGAAGGUGACCUGCUGAAAGGGAAAUUCACCAGGAAGGACAACAGCAAGGUCCUGACCACCACUCGAGCUCUGGUGGGAGGAGAGCUUGUACAGAGCUACAACUAUGAAGGAGUGGAUGCCAAGAGGAUCUUCAAGAAGCAGUAAACUUGAGUCUAAAUUGACAUUUUAUUUUUAUAUAGAGGAAACCAUGUAGAUCUGUAUUUGCGUUUGUAUUCUAACCAUGAGACAUAAAUCUAAAUCAAGUGUGUUCCACAUGUGUGGAAGAUCAAUGUGUGUGAGAUCAAUGUAAAAAUGUCUGGAAAAAAGUUAAACGGCUCUAAACAAACCUAGAACCCGGUGGGCUCAACGGUGUCCGGCUUGAAUCACGGCCAACUGUGAUAAUCCAGCAUGCAGCGCGAGGGACAACGACUACUAGAGAGGAGAGAACCACAGGGGAACGAACCGCUAAUGGAAACUAAGGGAAAACAUCCGUCACCGCCUCAGAGUAAUGUGCCUUUGGGGGGAUCCCAGCAACCAGCCCACCACAAAGGGCCAAGGACUCCUGUGGCAUCUAGCCGAGAUUUAUUUUGCCAUCCUACUACAAAAGAGGAGAGCGUCAUUUUGUUUUUUGUGUUCCUCCCUCCAUUGAAAGAUGUUGUUUUUAAAAAAUUGAACACAGUGUGUCAUUGAUUAAAUGGAACAGUGCGGUUCCAAUCGAAGCCGUCCAUGUGGAUCGAUCCGAGGCAACGGCUGCUUUGUCUCUGGAGAUGCAUGCUACUGUUGCCUUCUUUUUUUUUUCAACGUCAUUUUCGACACUGUGAGCGAUGGCAGAGGGAAUUCGUCCUCCUCCACGGGGAGGACACAUAAAUCUCAGACACGAAUACGUCAAAAUCUGGGCGAAAAAAUAUGCAUCAAAAAUAUUAGCAUGAUCAGCUGCAGAGGAAUGAGACUGUUUUAAGUGUCUCCAACAACACUUAAACUUGACCUCCCGGUGCUUUUAGCCGCACCAAAACAGCCGCAAAUAGUCUCACACCGGACAGUGUUAAAGGAAGCAGAGCAAUAACAAUCCCACACACCUUGAGAUACAUUGGUCGAUUGGCACUGAUGGUUGAUUUUAAAUUGUAUUGCCUGUAACAAUUAAAACCUUUCCAUGGGUCA